AUUGUUUCAAAAUUUUGCCUGCAACUUUAUUUACUUUUGUUUUUGUAACAAUCCUUUAGAUGAAAGUUUUUGAUUAAAACUACUUAUUUUUCAAAAUUUAUAGUACAUUAUAAAAUUGUACGUCAACUGAUUAAAAAUGUCAUACCCACGUGUAAAAAAUGUGGUCUACUGUGGAAAUACAACCGAAGGUUACUCACGGUUUGAGUUGGUACAAUGGCUAAACUAUAUACUUUGUGCUGACUUGGAACACGCAGAAGAUAUGUGUACGGGAGCUGCUUAUUGUCAACUCUUUGAUAUGCUUUAUAAAGGUUCCAUACCAUUGAAUAAGGUAAAGUUCGAUGCUAAUCAAGAGUAUUACUAUAUAAGGAAUUUUAAACUCUUACAAGAUGCUUUUGAGCGACAUGGUGUAACUAAACUGAUUCCAAUUACUAAACUAGUGAAAGGUCGUUUUCAAGCAAACUUAGAAUUUUUACAAUGGUUCCGGCGUUUUUUUGAUGCUAAUUGUACAGAACGUACAUUAGUUGACUACGACCCAAUUACAACUAGAAGAGGUAGUAACUUCAAUAUUGUAAGUCCACUUGCAGCUGAAUCUGGUGGCCAUAAGCCAAAAAAUAAAAGCAAUUCGUCGCAGGAUACAAUUACCCUUCAUAUAGCAGACGAAGCACAAUUAGAUUCUGAUACGGUUUCUUAUACAACUACAAGCGUAGAACCUAGCUUAAUCGAAGAAACAAAUCCAACAAAUCCAACAGCUAGCUCUUCGCUGGCUGCAAAAUCAAACUCCACACACUCAACUCCAACUCCAAUUCCUCUUCCAAGUCCACGUGAAACUAUACCAGUCAAAACAAAAGUAAAAGUAUCCACAACUGUGCCAGUUAAUAAACGCCCUGUCUCCAUCACAAGCAUAACAUCAUGUCCAUCCACCGAAACUUUAGAUAACUCAUAUGUGUCACCAACUCCCUCCACUUGUAAGCUAUUGUCACCAUCUAUCUCAAAGUCUGAUUUGAACAAAACUUCCACAACAACCUUUCGCCGUUCCUCGCGUAGUGGUAAUCCAAGUUCAAGAAGUAGUGUUUCGUCUUUAGCAAGAAGUUCAUCCGAUGAAUCUGUUGCAUCUGAAAUGAUACUUAAAAAACUGGAUCAACUCAACCAUUAUACAGAAGCUAAGUGUGCUGAAAAACGUCAUGUUGAUAUGGAAACUAAUAUAUACUAUUCUCGUUUGUUCCUUCUAGAAAAUUUAUGCGUUGCUAAUAAAGGAAAAACAAAUGGUGCUAGCGAACGUAUGUUGGAAAUUAUAUAUGAAUCGGAAGUAGGCCCAUCCAUACCGGGAAUCAUUCCUAAAAUGUAGAAAGGCUAAUAAAUGUAUUAAGGCCUACAAAAUAAAAGGUCUUGUAUACAUAUUUUACCCAUUAUAAAGAU